UGCAGCUGGUCUCCGGGACACUGGAGCAACAUGUCGGGAAGGAGAGAACCGAGCGGAGGAAGUGCGUCCAUGAAAGGCACAGCUGACACUUAAAAGCCCUCCGAACCCACAGGACCGACACCGGCGUUUGGACCACUUUUACGGAACCACUGGGACUGCGGUGUGAUUGGACGGAACCGGGCCGGUGCGGGUCGCAUGGGCGGAUAAACACGAACAGAAGACCGGCAGACGAUCAGAAGUGGCCCAGUAGGGAGGCACCAGGGCCGGGUACAGAAGAGGGGCAGCGCGUGGGUCGGAGCAGGUUCGGCCGGUUCUGUUCAGGGGAUGCUCUCCGUCCUGUCCUAUGGCAGACUGGUGGCCAGGGCUGUCCUGGGGGGACUGUCCCAGACGGACGGCCGGGACUACAGCCUGAUCAGCGCCAGUUAUGGCUUCGGUAAAGACUUUCGGAAGGGGAUCCUGAAGAAGGGCAUGUGUUACGGAGACGAUGCGUGUUUCAUAGCGAGACACCGAACCGCAGAUGUGUUAGGCGUAGCUGAUGGUGUAGGGGGCUGGAGGGACUAUGGGGUGGACCCGUCUCAGUUCUCUGCCACCCUCAUGAGAACCUGUGAGCGUCUGGUGAAGGAGGGACGCUUCACUCCCUCUAAUCCAGUGGGUAUCUUGACCUCUGGAUACUAUGAGCUGUUGCAGAACAAAGUGCCCCUGCUCGGCAGUAGUACAGCCUGUAUUGUGGCUCUGGAUCGGCGGAGUCAUCGGUUACACACAUGUAACCUUGGAGACUCAGGCUUCCUGGUCGUACGAGGAGGAGAGGUGGUUCACCGCUCAGAUGAACAACAACACUACUUUAACACGCCGUUCCAGCUGUCCAUCGCCCCCCCAGGAGCUGAAGGGGUCGUGCUCAGUGACAGUCCUGAAGAGGCCGACAGCUCGUCCUUCGAUGUGCAGCUGGGGGACAUCAUCCUGACCGCAACCGACGGCCUGUUUGACAACAUGCCAGACUACAUGAUCCUUCAGGAGCUGAAGAAACUGAAGACCACAAACUACGACAGCAUCCUGCAGACGGCACAGAGUAUUGCAAAACAAGCUCAUGAUCUGGCCUACGACCCCAAUUAUAUGUCUCCUUUUGCACAGUUUGCCUGUGACAACGGUCUGAAUGUCAGAGGGGGGAAGCCUGAUGACAUCACGGUGCUGCUGUCCAUCGUAGCUGAAUACACAGACUGAAAGUGUGUGUUGGUGCGCAUACUUCUGAGGCUUACCCUUCCAUCCCAUCCACCACCUGAGUCUUCCAGCCCUCCCAAGAUGCACUGGGCCCUCAUGUCUUCACAGGGGAGGCCUACCAACACCACACACUCCUCACCUUUGGGGGGGGGCAUCUUCCCCUCUAGAAUGUCAAGGGGGUUUUUUGGUCUGUUUAGUCUGUUGGUUGAGGGGAAGUGGGCGGGACAUGUUUGUGUUGGUCAUGAUGCGGUGGGAUCGAUGCUAAGCAGAGGUAUGCCUGUUCGGUCUCUGGUCUCCUUUCUUUGCACCAUCUCGUCCAUGGUUUGGAUUCACCAGGAUGAGACUGAGGCCUUUAAAUCUGAAGCUCUUGCACA